AGGGCCUGCUUGCACACAGACUGGUGCGAUUGGCCAGCCAACAAGGAGUGCGACCCGGCACAACAGUGGUGUGCUGCCAACGAAGCUUAAGAGCUUGCAACACUGCGGCGACGACGUGCGCGCCUGCAUUGCAGCCUCUCAGCACUCAGUGAGCCCCUGCACCGGCGAUAAACGGCCGCAGCGAUGGAGGACGGCAACGGCAGCAGCCGUGCAGCCCUCAAGCGCAAGAAGCUCAAGAAAAAGAAGCGCAAGCAGCAACACCAGCCGCUCGUCGCGCCCGCGCCGUCGACGAAAAAGAAGAAGAAGCAGAAGCAGCAACCGGGCCCAUCGCCGCCGCCGCCCGCCGUCGAAAGCUCGAACGACGCCCUCCAAAUCGUGCAAGGAGAGGACGUCGCGCCGGACGCUAUCAACAAUGCAAUGAAAUCGAGGACGCAAGAGGACGGCGAUUCGAACGGCCGCCGCCUACUCCGAGCGCUGCUGGCGCCCGUCGGCGCCCGGUGUUUCUACGAGGAGACCUUCGAGCGGCGCGGGUUAUUAGUAAGGGGCCGCGGUUCAAAUUAUUUGUCAGGGUGGUGCUCUACUGAAGACGUCUUCCGAGCCUUGGAACAACCAGCUACGAGUGGCGUGGACGUGGACGUGACUAGAUAUGACCCUAGCAGCGAAAAACGGAAGACGCUCUCCGAUGGCAUCAUAUCUGCGACGUGGGCCCGCCAACAGCUCGACCAAGGUGCCACCAUCAGGCUGAGACAGCCCCAGGACCGCCUCACCAAGGUCCAAGCUUUGUGUCGAGCGUUGGAAGGCGAGUUCGGAAGCACGAUCGGCGCGAACGCUUAUUUAACAGCGAAGGACGGGGCCCAGGGCUUCGCGGCCCAUUGGGACGACGUCGACGUUUUCAUCCUACAACUCGAGGGUCGGAAACGGUGGCGCGUCGGUGCUUGUGCGGAUGAUGUUUAUAAGUUGCCUCGUGUGUCCUCAGAGGACUUUGACGAAGAGGCUUUGAGGAGGCUGUGUCCGCAUCUGUCGGAGAUCGUACUCGAGCCGGGCGACGUCCUUUAUCUUCCUAGAGGUUUUAUCCAUAGCGCCGUCACGGAAGGUUUGGAGAAUAGCCUCCAUCUUACGUUAUCGUGUCAUCGCGCCAACUCCUGGGCCGAUUUGUUGGAGGCGGCUCUACCUUCAGCAUUAUCGGAGGCUAUUGCAAGUGACCCAAAAAUGCGGGAGUCACUACCGCGCGACUGCCUCCACUACAUGGGCGUCGCGCAUGCUCUUGAGAGUUCCGACGACGAAGCCGCCGACGAGUCAGAUGACGACGCGUCGCUGACCGAAGUGGCGUCCGUGCGCUACGACCCGGAAAUCCCGAGAAGUAGGAGCCUCCAGAAGAAACGUAGACAACGUUUCGCGGAGCGCUGCGCGGGCCACUGUAAAGACAUCUUGGCGCGGCUGCUUACGAACCUCGACGCGACCUGCGACGACCGAUCCGUAGCUUUCGUGGCCGAGCGCCUGCCGCCUUUGGCACCGGAAAAGGGCGACCCCGCCACAAUAACGGCGACGACGCGCGUCCACUGUGUUGAACGAAGGGACGCGCGCCUCGUUCCCGGAGAGGCGGGAGUGCUCCUCUACCACGCGCUCGACAACGCGACGAGCCAUCGGGGGAGACCCGUCGCGUGUUUGGAAUUCGAGGAGGAGGACGCGCCGGCGCUCGAAGCUUUACUAGCGUCGCACGCGGCGCGGCCCGUGCUCGUCCGCGACCUGCCUCAUUCCUCUGAUGCCGACCGGAUCGCUGUUGCUGCCUCGCUUGUUGCCGAGGGGCUACUGGUCGUGUCGGCGUCUGGGCAUGAGGCCGAGUCGUCCGAUUCAGAUGGGUAAGAUAGAUAUACAGUUACUUCUA